AUGUUCGAUUGCAUUUUCUCAGUUAUCUCCUGUUUUCUCCUCAUUCUCUUGUUGAAAUUAUUCAAAAAACUUUUGAUCGAGCAAGAAGAGGCCAUGAAUAGUUCUACAACCGAAGAAAAAUUAAUAAAUCAGAGAAAACUAGCGGCUGACAAAGAAUUCAAAAAUUAUGAGGAUGCUAAUUUGGCAAUGGAGAAGAAAUUCAACGCACUGGAAAUUGAUCGCGAAAAGGAAGAAACAAUUGAAAUUCAAAAAAAUCUUGUUCUGAACAAUAUGAUUCUUAAAUACAAAACUGAUGAUCAAAUAAUUCUUCAUUCUAGUGAGAAGGAUCGAGCCCAGCGUCAAUGUUUGCUCGACGUGAAAUCGUUGACUGAAAACGGAAUGAAAGUUAUCAAUUCUAUUGGAAAAUUGAGAGAUGCCGCUAGCGGAAUAAGGAAAGGAAGAAGAGCACCCGAGAAAAACUUCAAUAUGUGUAAAGAAUGUUACAAAGAUGCAACAAAUGCCACAAAUGCACUCAAUGAGUCGGCUGAAUCAAUUAUUCAAUUUUCGGAAUUCACUUCAGAAAAUCUCAAAACCAUUCAAGAAGUUGCUCGAAAAAUCAAGACUACUUCUUAUGAUCUGAGAAAUGAAAUCGGAAAAUUCCAAGCGUCAAUCUCUGAUAAUCCAAUUGAAAACUCUUCUGUAAUUAUUAUGGAAGUGAAGACAAUCACUGAUACUUUGAGUACGCAGAUAAUCUCGUUACCAAAAGUUGAGUUGGACAAUUUCGAAAUGUCUGCAAUUGAGAAUAGUUUUGGCAAGCUGGCUAGAAGAAACUAAAAAUCUCAAUCAUUGAAGAGUGUUGUUGGAUUACAUAAUUUCUUAAUUAAAUUUGUGUUUGAAUUGUUCUAUUAAUAAUUUUUAAAAUUUUUUUUUUCGGAACACAUUUGAUUUUGAAAGAAGCAUGAGAGCAAUUAAAAAUGAAUUUCAAAAAAAUUCGAGAACCUCCUAAUCUUCCUGUAUUCUAAUAAA